GCUACCUCAAGCACCAAUGACAUCCUCAUUGGUGCUAAUUCUUGCUCCGUUGGCACUGGUUGCCAUCGGAGAAGCCGCAUUCGGCAAUAGCUCGAAGAUCUUUGAAAUUCCGGGUCUAGAAGUGAUGGCUUCUGAUAAAUAUCCACAUUUCACUACAAUUGAGACAGUCAGCAGAACCAAGGUUCAUCGCCACCGACGCGAGGUCAUUGCCGGGCAAAUCUACGACUGGAACUCGUACGAAAUUCCAUUUCAAAUAUGGGGUGGCGAUUAUAACUUCCAAAGUUUGAUCCGACGUGGAAUUCGUAUGUGGGAAGAUUCGACGUGCCUGAGAUUUAAAGAAAAUCAACAGAGCCGUGACGCAAUCCGAUAUGUUCUCGAAAAAGGAGACAGUUGUUUCACAGAAUACAUUGGCCGAAACGGAGGACAUCAAGACAUCAUAAUUGGCUCCGAGUGUGCAGAAGAAUACGUAGUUGCUCACGAGACCGGGCAUGCUCUCGGCUUCUGGCACACUCAUCAGCGACCCGAUAGAGAUCGGCAUAUCUCGAUUAAUUGGAAGAACGUGAUGGAGGAAGCCACUGCUUCAUUUAUGCCGUUCCGAUCAAUGCUUCAAGCAUUCGGUAUUCGGCAGGUCUCGCCACGAAGGGUACCGUACGAUUACGGUAGUCUGAUGCAUUAUCAUGCAGUUGCUCAUGCGGUUAAGGUGUCGGAUUUUACGAUUGUACCAAAGGAAUUGAAGUAUGUCACAACGAUGGGAACUGAGAAAAUGGCAUUCCUAGAUGCAAAAGUUAUCAAUGAUAUUUAUUGUCCAAACGCAUGCCAAGGAAGAAAUCAUUUGAACUGUCUUGCUGGAGGUUAUCCAGAUCCAAACAACUGCAACGUUUGUAGGUGUCCUGAAGGACUUGGAGGACCCGACUGUGGUCGACUUCAGCCAUCACCUUGUGGUGGAGAAAUUCAUGCAUCUGAUCAAUGGCAGACACUCUCCAGUCCGUCUGGACGUGAUGUUCACUGUUAUUGGAGGAUUUCUGUCCCCGAAGGCUCCCGAGUUCGUUUCCGUUUGUCAGAUGGAGAAUUCCCAUGCUCCUACGGAUGUCAAUCGUACGUCGAAAUCAAGCACAAGCUUGAUGUAAGGUUGACUGGUUUCAGAAGUUGUUGCUACCGUCCAAAAGAGGACACAGUCUCGGAAAGCAAUCAAAUUUUUGUGAUCUACCAUCCAAAUGGCCGUACCGCGCGAUUCUCCCUCCGAUUCCGCCGGCAAGCCUAAAUUCAUUUUCUAGUUCUUCUACUCCUUCCCAUUUCUCUCGAAUCCCAGGCUUUUUGUUAUUGAUCUCUUUGUUCUGUUUUCCCAGUUUUUCAAAAUACAAUUCCUUUAUUACGCCCCCGGUGACCUACAAAUUAAAUGCUCAGUUUCAGGUUUCCUCUCCCAAACACCCUCGAAUUUCUGUAUAUUUCUGCCUCUAAUUUUUAAUAAUUGUCCGUUUUCCCUUAUUUUUGCAUUUCUUGUCAACUAAUUUUUGUUUCACUUUCAUUUUUAUACGGGAUUCUAUGCACAUCUUUGUUUUUCCCCACAUUUCAGCGCCCAAUGAAACAUUUGAGUCUU